GGACAGGAGUGCUGAGAACUGGGGACGGGUGCACGCUUGAGAGUGAGGCGUGUUGCUGAGCACAGGAGCCAACCCAGUGUCCCUCACUGGCGAGGCUGCAGGCAGGCUUGAGCUGAGAUCCAGCUGUCCCCAUGGCAGUCUUCCUAUCUGCUGGCCUAGGAGUACUUGCUCCCUCAGAGACCUACCCCCAGCCUGUGACCAGUGGCAGCUGGGAGUCCCGGCUGGGGAUGCCGUUCCCCUCAGGUUCCUGUACCAUGUCCACAGAAGCCCAAGCCACAGCAGAGCCCACUGGGCAGGGCCCCAAGAACCCACGUGUGUCCAGUGUGAUGGUACAGCUAGAGAUGAAGCCACUGUGGGAAGAAUUCAACCAGCUGGGCACGGAGAUGAUAGUCACCAAAGCGGGCAGGCGGAUGUUCCCAACCUUCCAGGUGAAGAUCUUAGGCAUGGACACACUGGCUGACUAUGCGCUGCUCAUGGACUUCAUCCCACUGGAUGACAAGAGAUACAGGUAUGCCUUCCACAGUUCUGCCUGGCUGGUGGCGGGCAAGGCCGACCCCGCCACACCUGGCAGAGUGCACUUCCACCCUGACUCGCCAGCCAAGGGUGCCCAGUGGAUGCGGCAGAUCGUGUCCUUUGACAAACUCAAGCUGACCAACAACCUGAUGGAUGACAAUGGCCACAUCAUCCUCAACUCCAUGCAUCGGUAUCAGCCCCGUUUCCACGUGGUCUUCGUGGACCCGCGAAAGGACAGCGCCCGCUAUGCCCAGGAAAACUUCAAGUCCUUCGUCUUCACGGAGACACAGUUCACAGCUGUGACAGCUUAUCAGAACCACCGGAUCACACAGCUGAAAAUUGCCAGCAAUCCCUUUGCCAAAGGCUUCAGAGAGAGUGACCUAGACUCGUGGCCUGUGACUCCACGGCCAUUGCUCAGCCUCCCAGCCCGGAGUCGUAGCAGCCUCGGUCCUUGCCUGCUUAAGGGCUCUGCAGAACGAGAGAAAGACUCCAGCAAAGCCUCAGCUCCCAACUCCAGGCCCCCUACUCAGUCUCACCAUCAGCUGCUGCCUGCUCCUGAGGUCCUGCUGGCCUCUGCCACCUACAGGCCCAUCCCUUACCAGAACCUGUAUCCUGGAGCCCCAAGUCAUGCUGGCAUCCCAAGGGCUCGCCUGGCACCUUACCCUCUCCCCAACAUCGGCACUGACGGAGAUCAACCAGACCCAACCCUUCCAGCUGGGCUGGGGCUCCUGCGCUCCUCUGCCUUGUGCUUGGGGCCCAGCCAGGACUCCCAGUGAUGGCGGAGUGCAGCCCAAGCCCUUGAACCCUGUGCCCCGCCUCUCCUACCCUCCUCUGGGGAGAUCAGUACAACUGGAAGCCCCGGAGGCUGUGGCUCCUGCCUCAGCGCCAGUCUGAGGCCUGCCAGCCUUGGAAUCAGGCUUCCUACUUCCUACCCAAAAGCCCUGAGUCCUGCCCCCUGCCUGGAAGGUGCCGCCUCUAAAUUCUGUUUCAAUGGUCCAUC